UGCUCCCAAUCACAGGAGGAGGAGGCGGUGGAGGCGGAGGGCUGCCUCGAGGAAGCGCAAGAAUGAAGUUGUGGAGCUGAGAUUCCCCCCGCCGCGAGCCCCGGAGAGCCGAGCCCCGCGCCCCGCGCCCCGGACGCCGCGCGCCCGCCCCGCGCCCCCCGCCCUCGCCGCGCCCCGCGCCCUCGCAGCGGGGUCCCGCCCGAGCCAUGGGGCCCGAGCCGCAGUGAGCACCAUGGAGCUGGCGGCCUGGUGCCGCUGGGGGCUCCUGCUCGCCCUGCUGCCCCCCGGCGCCGCGGGCACCCAAGUGUGCACCGGCACGGACAUGAAGCUGCGGCUGCCUGCCAGUCCCGAGACCCACCUGGACAUGCUCCGUCACCUCUACCGCGGCUGCCAGGUGGUACAGGGCAACCUGGAGCUCACUUACCUGCCCGCCAAUGCCAGCCUUUCCUUCCUGCAGGACAUCCAGGAGGUGCAGGGCUACGUGCUCAUUGCUCACAGCCAGGUGAGCCAGGUGCCUCUGCAGCGGCUGAGGAUAGUGCGCGGCACUCAACUCUUUGAGGACAAGUAUGCCCUGGCAGUGCUGGACAACGGGGACCUGCAGGACUCAGCCCGCCCUGUGGCGGGCGCCGCCGUGGCAGGACUGCGUGAGCUGCAGCUUCGGAGCCUCACAGAGAUCCUGAAAGGAGGGGUCCUGAUCCAGCGGAACCCCCAGCUGUGCCAUCAGGAUACGAUUUUGUGGGAGGACAUUUUCCACAAGAAGAACGAGCUGGCGCAGCAGCUGAUAGACAGCAACCGAUCGCGCACGUGCAAACCCUGUUCUCCCACCUGCAAAACCUCCGGUUGCUGGGGAGAAAAUUCUGAGGAUUGUCAGAUCCUGACGCGGACGGUCUGCGCCAGUGGCUGUGCCCGCUGCAAAGGCCCGCUGUCCACCGACUGUUGCCACGAACAGUGUGCGGCCGGCUGCACGGGCCCCAAACACUCCGACUGCUUGGCCUGCCUCAACUUCAACCACAGCAGCAUCUGUGAGCAGCUCUGUCCGACCCUGGUCACCUACAACACGGACACCUUUGAGUCCAUGCUCAACCCCGAGGGCCGCUAUACCUUUGGCGCCAGCUGCGUGACUGCCUGUCCCUACAACUACCUGUCUACGGACGUGGGCUCCUGCACCCUGGUCUGCCCGAUGGACAGCCAGGAGGUGACGGCUAGUGAUGGAACCCAGCGGUGUGAGAAAUGCAGCAAGCCCUGUGCUCCAGUGUGCUAUGGCCUGGGCAUGGAGCACCUGCGGGAGGUGAGGGCUGUCACUAGUGCUAACAUCCAGAUGUUUGCGGGCUGCAAGAAGAUCUUCGGGAGCCUGGCGUUUCUGCCGGAGAGCUUUAAGGGGGACCCGGCCUCUGGCAUGGCCCCCCUCCAGCCCGAGCAGCUCCAGGUCUUCGAGAGUCUGGAGGAGAUCACAGGUUUCCUAUACAUCUCCGCGUGGCCGGACAGCCUGCCUGACCUCGGUGUUUUCCAGAACCUUCGUGUCAUCCGAGGACGAAUCCUGCAAGAUGGUGCCUACUCCCUCACUGUGCAAGGCCUGGGCAUCCGCUGGCUGGGGUUGCGCUCACUGCGGGAGCUGGGCAGCGGGCUGGCCCUCGUCCACCGCAACCCCCACCUCUGCUUCAUCCACACGGUGCCCUGGGAACAGCUCUUCCGGAACCCCCACCAGACUCUGCUCUACAGUGCCAACCGGCCUGAGAAUGAGUGUGUGGGCAAGGGCCUGGAGUGCUACUCUCUGUGUGCCCAGGGGCAUUGCUGGGGCCCAGGGCCCACCCAGUGUGUCAACUGCAGCCAGUUCCUCCGGGGCCAGGAGUGCGUGGAGGAGUGCCGAGUCCUGCAGGGAUCCCCCCCAGAGUAUGUGAAGGACAGGCGCUGCCUCCCAUGCCACGCUGAGUGCCAGCCGCAGAACGGCUCCGUCACCUGCUUUGGCUCGGAGGCAGAUGAGUGUGUGGCCUGUGCCCACUACAAGGACCCUCCCUUCUGUGUGGCUCGCUGCCCCAGCGGUGUGAAGCCUGACCUCUCCUUCAUGCCCAUCUGGAAGUUUCCCGAUGAGGAGCGCAUGUGCCAGCCGUGCCCCAUCAACUGCACCCACUCCUGUGUGGACCUGGAUGACAAGGGCUGCCCUGCUGAGCCGAGAGCCAGCCCCGUGACUUCCAUCAUUGCCACCGUGGUGGGCAUCCUGCUCUUUCUGCUCGUGUGUCUGGUCUCGGGCAUCUUCAUCAAGCGCCGACGGCAGAAGAUUCGCAAGUACACCAUGCGCAGGCUGCUGCAGGAGACUGAGCUGGUGGAGCCACUGACGCCCAGUGGGGCGGUGCCCAACCAGGCUCAGAUGCGGAUCCUGAAAGAAACAGAGCUGAGGAAGGUGAAGGUGCUGGGAUCCGGAGCUUUCGGCACUGUCUACAAGGGCAUCUGGAUUCCCGACGGAGAAAAUGUGAAAAUCCCAGUGGCCAUCAAAGUAUUGCGGGAGAACACAUCUCCCAAAGCCAACAAAGAAAUCCUGGACGAGGCGUAUGUGAUGGCCGGUGUGGGCUCUCCAUAUGUGUCCCGAUUGCUGGGCAUCUGCCUGACAUCCACGGUGCAGCUGGUCACGCAGCUCAUGCCCUACGGCUGCCUCCUAGACCACGUGCGGGAACACCGAGGGCGCCUGGGCUCCCAAGACCUGCUCAAUUGGUGUGUGCAGAUCGCCAAGGGGAUGAGUUACCUGGAGGACGUGCGGCUCGUGCACAGGGACCUGGCUGCCCGCAACGUGCUGGUCAAGAGCCCCAACCACGUCAAGAUCACGGACUUCGGGCUGGCUCGGCUGCUGGAUAUUGACGAGACAGAGUACCACGCAGACGGGGGCAAGGUGCCCAUCAAGUGGAUGGCCCUCGAGUCCAUUCUCCGCCGGCGCUUCACCCACCAGAGUGAUGUGUGGAGCUAUGGUGUGACUGUAUGGGAGUUGAUGACUUUUGGGGCCAAGCCUUACGAUGGGAUCCCAGCCCGGGAGAUUCCAGACCUGCUGGAGAAGGGGGAACGGCUGCCCCAGCCUCCCAUCUGCACCAUUGAUGUCUACAUGAUCAUGGUCAAAUGCUGGAUGAUUGACUCGGAAUGCCGGCCGCGGUUCCGGGAAUUAGUGGCUGAAUUCUCACGCAUGGCCAGGGACCCGCAGCGCUUUGUGGUCAUCCAGAAUGAAGACUUGGGCCCCGCCAGCCCCCUGGACAGCACCUUCUACCGCUCCUUGCUGGAAGAUGAUGACAUGGGGGACCUGGUAGACGCUGAGGAGUACCUGGUCCCCCAGCAGGGCUUCUUCUGCCCUGACCCUGCCCCGGGCACGGGGAGCACUGCUCACCGCCGGCACCGCAGCUCCUCCACCAGGAGUGGCGGUGGUGGCGAGCUGACGUUGGGGCUGGAGCCCUCGGAGGAGGAGCCCCCCAAGUCUCCCCUGGCCCCCUCAGAAGGGGCUGGCUCCGAUGUGUUUGAUGGUGACUUGGGAAUGGGGGCAGCCAAGGGGCAGCCAAGUCUCCCUACACAUGACCUCAGCCCUCUACAGCGGUACAGCGAAGACCCCACGGCUCCCCUGCCCCCCGAGACUGAUGGCUACGUUGCCCCCCUCACUUGCAGCCCCCAGCCGGAAUACGUGAACCAGCUGGAGGUCUGGGCACAGCCCCCCUCGCCCUUAGCUGCGCCCCUGUCUCCCACUCGACCUGCUGGGGCCACUCUGGAAAGGCCCAGGACUCUCUCCCCCAAGACGCUCUCCCCUGGAAAGAAUGGGGUGGUCAAAGACGUUUUUGCCUUCGGGGGUGCUGUGGAGAAUCCCGAGUACUUGGCACCUCGGGGUGGGGUUGCCCCUCAGCCUCACCCUCCUCCUGGCUUUAGCCCGGCCUUCGACAACCUCUAUUACUGGGACCAGGACCCACCAGAGCGGGGCUCCCCACCGGCCACCUUUGAGGGGACCCCUACAGCAGAGAACCCUGAGUACCUGGGCCUGGAUGUGACUGUGUGAGUCCAAGGCUGAGAACUCUGAGGCCCUGCUGUCCCUGGAGGAGCCGAUGUCCAGUGGCUCCUAGACGAGAUGGAGAAGGCCCUUGGGGCCCCCCUGGGGGAACUUGCCAGCCCACUCCAAUUCCCAGGGGCCUGGCUGGCAGAGGCGGCAACACUGGUGGACCUUGACGGGCUCUGGAAUCCUGCCCGGCGCACUGGCGGCGGCCUCACCAUGCUCACUUUGAGCGCCUGCAAACUUAGGGAAGCUGGACAAGGAGGGGGAGAAAGUCCAAGGGAAUCUGGGAACAAGUCCGACCCAUUCAGACUGUCCCCGAGAGCCAGCUCUGCCCCCCGCCCUUGGGCACUCUGUUCUGUUUUUACUUCUCUGUUGUUUUUUAAAGAUGAAAACUCGGGGAGAGUGGAUAUUGUGGAAGGGGAUGCUUCUGGGGUUGGGAAGAGGGCGAUCCCUUCUUGAGACCCACUUUCUCCAUUUGCAAAUAUAUUUUGGAAAAGAACUGGGAACCAGCUGGAG